AUGCUUCCGGCGCGCUCCGCCGCGUCCGACGUCGACUCGGCGAUCGCCCUCGACGACUUUGAGGAUGCUGACGACGCCAGCGACGUUGCAGACCGUCGCAUCCUUGCUGGCUCCGGAGGCGCGUACAAGCCCAAGCACAAGAAGCGCCGUAACGCGGCCGGCGACGGCUCGGGGUACUGCCCCUAUGCCGGCAAGUCCGGCCCGUCGCCUAAGAAUGAGUACUGCGGCGGCGCGUGCUGCAUCAGCCCCGAAUACCCGUGCUGCGGCGGCGACAAGUGCUGCAAGAAGGGCGGGUGCUGCCAGAAGAACGGCGCCUUCGUCUGCUGCAAGAGCUACUAG